CCUGUAGCCACUAACUGUGACUACUUUACUAUUUCCAGAUGAAGCUGUUUGUUCUCGGCGCCACUGGUGGAUGCGGCAAGGAGCUGGUCAAGCAGGCCCUGGAAGCUGGACAUCAAGUGACCGCAGUGGUCAGAAACCCGGACAAGGUCAAAAUGCGGGACGACAACUUAACGAUAAUCAAGGGGGACGUCUCAAGCGAGGCCUCACUGGCUGACGGGAUGAAGGACCAAGACGCCGUGAUUUCGUGCCUCGGCGCCAUGCCUACUGAGGACACCAAGGCCAAGUUUACCUUCUUCUCGGACUCCAUAAGGGUCAUAGUAGGCGCCAUGAGAGCGUCUGGGGUGGACAGACUCGUGUGCAUUACUGCCUGGUGUACUGUGCGAGUUCCAGAGGCCCCUGAGAGAAUCAAAUCUUUCUGGUACCCGUCCUACGUGGGCGUUGUCACGGAGGACCAGGGAAGGAUGGAGAAGUAUCUGGCCGAAGAGGCCAAGGAUAUCCGCUACACGUGCGUGAGACCCCCAGAACUGAACGAGGAGCCUCUCUCUGGUAAGCCGAUCAUAGCAAAGGAGGCGUACUGCAUAGAUCUGAACGAAGGCUUGAUUGGGAUUCCUAGGGCCAAUGUCGCCUGUUUUAUGCUGUCCUUGUUAACUACGAUCGUGUGGGACUGGAAGGGCGUGGCCAUAGCUCUGCAAAAGUGAACCCCGCCGGAGCUUAAGUUUCUGACAUUAACAUCCGAGAAAAACAGAGGGUCUGUUGCCCAAAACGACUAACAAAACAAAGAAGUAAAC